CAGUCUCUUAGAAAAGGGUGCCUGUCUUAUUCCCACCCUGUGGCUUCUCCACCAUGAACCGCCAAUUCACCUGCAAGCCCGGAGCUGCCAACAGGGGCUUCAGUGGCUGCUCCGCUGUGCUGUCUGGAGGCAGCUCAUCCUCUUACAGGGCAGGGAGCAAAGGGCUCAGUGGGGGUUUCAGCAGUCGGAGUCUCUACAGCCUGAGGGGCACCAGGAGCAUCUCCUUCAAUGUGGCAGGUGGCAGUGGGCGCACAGGGGCUUAUGGCUUUGGCCGGAAUCGGGUCAGUGGCUUCGCUGGCAGCAUAUUUGGCAGUGGGGCUCUGGGACCCUCGAGUCCAUCUUUGUGUCCACCUGGAGGCAUCCACCAGGUCACUGUCAACAAGAGCCUCCUGGCCCCACUCAAUGUGGAGCUGGACCCGGAGAUCCAGAAGGUACGCGCCCAGGAGCGGGAGCAGAUCAAGGCUCUGAACAACAAAUUUGCCUCCUUCAUUGAUAAGGUGCGCUUCCUAGAGCAACAGAACCAGGUGCUGGAGACCAAAUGGGAGCUGCUGCAGCAGCUGGACCUGAACAACUGCAGGAAGAACCUGGAGCCUGUUUACGAGGGCCACAUCAGCAGCCUGCAAAAGCAGCUGGACACACUGUCUGGGGACAGAGUGAGGCUGGACUCAGAACUGAGGAACAUGCGGGAUACAGUAGAGGAUUGCAAGAAGAGGUACGAAGAGGAAAUAAACAAACGUACGACUGCUGAGAAUGAAUUUGUGGUACUUAAGAAGGAUGUGGAUGCAGCGUACAUGAGCAAGGUGGAGUUGCAGGCCAAGGUGGAUGCCCUGGAUGGAGAGAUCAAAUUUUUCAAGUGCCUGUAUGAAGGGGAGAUGGCUCAGAUGCAGUCCCACAUCAGUGACACAUCUGUCAUCUUGUCCAUGGAUAACAAUCGCAGCCUGGACCUGGACAGCAUCAUCUCUGAAGUCCGCACUCAGUAUGAGGACAUCGCCCGGAAGAGCAAGGCCGAGGCGGAGUCAGCGUACCAGACGAAGUUCCAGGAGCUGCAGCUGGUAGCUGGCCGGCAUGGGGAUGACCUCAAACACACUAGGAAUGAGAUCUCUGAGCUGACUCGGUUCAUGCAGAGACUGCGAUCAGAAAUCGAGAAUGUGAAGAAGCAAUGCUCCAACCUGGAGAUGGCCAUCGCUGAUGCCGAGCAACGAGGUGACUGUGCCCUCAAGGACGCACGGGGCAAGCUGGAUGAGCUGGAGGGUGCCCUGCAGCAGGCUAAGGAGGAACUGGCCCGAAUGCUGCGUGAGCAUCAGGAGCUGAUGAGUGUGAAGCUGUCCCUGGACAUUGAGAUCGCCACCUACCGCAAGCUGCUGGAGGGCGAGGAGUGCAGGAUGUCUGGAGAAUACACCAACUCUGUGAGCAUUUCGGUCAUCAGCAGUUCCAUGCCUGGGACAGUCGGCGCAGGCAAUAGCUUUGGGUUCAACAACACUGGCAUCUAUGGCUACCAGUCCAGCUCUGUUGGUGGGGGCUAUGGCAUAUUGCCUGGGGGCUGUGUUACCGGCAGUGGGAACUGCAGCUCCCGUGGGGAAACCAAGACCAGACUGGGUAGUGCAAGUGAAUUCAAGGAUAUCCCAGGGAAGACCUUGGCUUUGGGUUCACCCACCAAGAAAACUGUUAGAUAAAUCGACAGCCAGUUCCCCUCGUCUGCUCAGCCCUGGUUUUCUCU